CCAGUGAGUCUGCAAUAGAGGAAGUGUAGUGCUCAGCCUUCCUGCUCAUCACAUGAGACCCUACUACACCAUGGCCAGGCUGGGCGCACUCCUGCUGUUGUCCCUUAUCUCAUGGGUGAAUGCCGGGCUGUACUUUCAGGAGGGACAGAGCUGCUACAAACCGGCAGUCAGGAAACACCCUGGGGUCCGGAAUUAUCCGCGGCCUCAUGAAUACAUUCCCUUUAAAAACAUACCCAAAACCUGGGAUUGGCGCAACGUGAAUGGCACCAAUUAUGUCAGUACCACCCGCAACCAGCACAUUCCUCAGUACUGUGGGUCAUGCUGGGCCCAUGGCAGUACCAGUGCAAUGGCAGACAGAAUCAAUAUAAAGAGGAAAGGUGCCUGGCCAUCAGCAUACAUCUCUGUUCAGAAUGUAAUUGACUGCGGGAAUUCAGGAAGCUGCGAGGGAGGAGACCAUUCAGGUGUUUGGGAAUAUGCACAUACACACGGCAUCCCGGAUGAGACCUGCAAUAACUACCAAGCUAAAGAUCAGGCGUGCGACAAAUUUAACCAGUGUGGCACAUGUGUCACAUUUGGUAAAUGUUUCUAUCUCUCCAAUUACACACUAUGGAAGGUUGGAGACUUUGGAUCUGUAAGUGGAAGAGAGAAAAUGAUGGCUGAGAUCUACAAAAAUGGCCCAAUCAGCUGUGGGAUAAUGGCCACAGAAAAGUUAGAUGCUUACACAGGAGGCCUGUACUCUGAGUACCAGCCAUCCGCAGAAGUCAAUCACAUUGUCUCAGUGGCUGGAUGGGGUAUAGAGGAUGGAGUGGAAUACUGGAUUGUUCGCAACUCAUGGGGGGAGCCUUGGGGAGAGAAAGGCUGGCUGCGCAUUGUGACUAGCACUUACAAAGGAGGAAAAGGCGCCGAUUACAAUUUGGCUAUUGAAGAGGACUGUGGAUAUGGGGACCCCAUCCUGCCCUGACAUUAUACCUGACCACAAACCUCAGCUUCUAAACAUGUCUUAAAGUGCAGAUCUAUACAGAAAUGUAGUUAGUAUUUAACUGGUGAUCACAAUGCAAGUUAAUAUCUGAGCUCAGGUGUGUGAAAUUUUACAUUUAUUUUUAAAUGAAAACACAUUUUUUUAUAUGUAGCUUCUAUUAGUUGAUUUUACAGUUCUUUACAAUCAUGAAAAUCAGACUCAGGAAAUAAUCAAACCUUAAAACAAGUAUUUUCUACAUUGUCUUUAUUGAGAUAUUGUUAAUAGUGUUGAUUACUUUAGAAUAUAAUUACCUAUGUAGUACAAAAAGUGCCAUUUUACAUACACAAUCUGCAUUCUUUUAUAACAAUUUACAGAUGAGCAAGUAACAAAUUAAAGCUGAAUAUGGAUAUAUCUGUAAAAUGUAGUUUUCUUCUAGCUUCUGAUCAGAGAUUUACACAACAUCAAGUAUUCAGAGACAUCUGUAUAAAUAUUCAGAAUUGUCUACCAACACAAAUGCAUUUUGUAUAAAGAUUUUUCAUUCUGGAUUUUGUUGUUAAGUAAUAACCAACAUUAAAAACAAGUUUCUGAUUUGUCAACAUUGA